UUCCACUGCUUCUCAUCAUGUUAGCUCUGAUCCCCUCCCAGGAGAAUGAGUGGUAAGGAUUUAGAAGGUCUGAGUUUCGCUGAGUUUAAAAAACUGAAAACCCAUCUGGAGGAAUCCACGCUCGUUGUGGAAGAGGAGAUGUCAAAGCGGCAAGUCAUUGUGGAAGAGGAUAUGUCAAAGCGGCCUCACCUGCUCAAAAACAAGAGGGAGGGAGGGGAUGUUGAAGCUAUGAUGACAAGCUCUAGAGAGAAACAGGAUGAUGCACAGUCGCGACUGCAGGUAGCAUACGAGAGGCAACGAGCUGAAUCCCCGCAGAGCGAGUUGGAGAGAUUAUGGCUGUGGAAGGAGAGAAUGAGUUGUAGAGGGCUGGGCGAUAUGACUUUCUCCGAGCUGUGUCUACUGCAAACUCAAAUGUGGCAGGGAUUGAUUCGAAUGAUGUCUUUUUCUCCCCUCUGAUUAAUCCAUUUUUAGUUUGACUUCAUUUUUUUGUUAUUUUCGUCUCCCUUGUCUAGUUUCGGACUCAAGUCUGUCUCUUUAGUUUGAUUAUGUCGGAUUUUGUUAUAAUCUUUUCAUCUAUGGAUAGUUUAACUCUGAACCGUAUAAUGUCAAUUACACACAAGUAAAAAUUAAUCUGGCUCAUCACAAAGUCAAUGCUCCGUUGACUUAUCUACUUCCUUCUUCUCUUCUUGCUUUCCAUGUCUUAUCAAAUUAUUAAGUCCGGCAUGAAAUGGAAAAAUCUGACAAA